CUGACACGCUUCAGAAGAACUGAAUCUACUGACAGAGAAGAUCAUUUAAUCAGAGAGAAGAAUGAAGAACAUCUUGGCUUUUACUCUGCUGAUGAUUCCUGGUGUCGUGAGCCCCAUUAGUGUGACAGGAUAUUCAGGAGGAGGAGUCCGUAUCACAUGCAAAUAUGAUGAAGGAUAUAGUGCAAAUCAAAAGUAUUUUUGUAAAGGAGACUGGUCAGAGUGCAAAGAUCUAAUCAAGACUCGGAAAAAUAAAUGGGUUGCUUCUGGAAGAUUCUCUCUGUAUGACGACACCGGAUCAGCAGUCUUCACUGUGACCAUCAGAGAUCUGAAACAAGGGGAUUCUGGGAAGUACUACUGUGGAACUGAAAUAACUGGAAUAGAUCGCUCCACUGAAGUGAAUCUGGAGGUUAUAACAGGUCAACAAAUCCGGACUGUGAGAGGAUAUUCAGGAGGAAACGUCAUUAUAAACUACAGAUAUGAGAUGAAACACAAGAACCAUGUGAUAGACGUCUGUAAAACUGCAGCUGAUCGGUGUUUUACUGUAAUAAACACAAAAAGAAAAGCAAAAUGGGAACAUUACAGACGAUUCUCCGUUCAUGACGACAGAUCUGCAGGACUCUCACGUCUGUUUAUCAGAGAUCUGAAUGAGAACGACUCUGGGAAAUAUAAGAUUACAGUCAAAGUUCCUGAAGUCUACAGUUUCUUCUCUGAGUUUGAUCUGGACAUUAAGACGGAUGAUUGUUGUGGGAAGAGCAUCAGUCGAUCAGCUUCUGCUGGAGGAUCUGUGAACAUCAGCUGCAAAUACCCACAAUCCCACAGUGGUGAUGUGAAGUUUCUGUGCUGGAGAUCUGGAGCUGAUCUCUGUGCUGAGGAGGUGUCUGUGAAGGAGAGCAGAAGAUGGAGGGAUGAGGGAAAGAUCCGGCUGUAUGAUGACAGAGAACAGCAGCUCCUGACGGGAAGCAUCAGUCAUGUGACUGAACGAGACUCCGAAUACUGGUGUGGAGUUCAGUCUGAUCAAGGACACAAGAGCUUCCUCACACGAGUCCUGGUCAGUGUUACAGAGACAUCAUCAUCAUCAUCAUCAUCAUCACCAUCACAUCAUCAUCAUCAUCAUCAUCAUCUGCUGCUUCUUUCUCAUCAGUCAAAGUGUCACCCAAUUCUACAUCACUGGCGUCUCUGAACACAUCAGGUGAUCUUGUGCUGAAAUACAAACAUGUGAUCAGUGAGUGUAGCCUGUGAGGAGGCCUGACGCCCCAGCAGAUG